AUGCAGGACUCCCGCCCGGUCUUCCCAUAUGAUCCAUCCCCUGUCGACUAUGCCGAAAACAUCCUCGUUAGUACAUAUGCGUACAAAGCUUGUGCACGCAUUCCUCUCCCAGCCAGACUCAAGACUUUCAUCUGGAAUCGAGUGGACGACAUCGUAUCCUACUCUACUGAGAUAUUUUGCGUAAUUAUCUUGAUACACGCCCUUUUCUCAGGAUACAGUGGAGCAGGGGUUAGGAGCAAGAGCAUCAAGGCCGAUUUCUGGAAGAUAGUAUCGCACCCAGACUUUCCGGAGACGGCUGAGGAACUUUUCCCCCGAUUCUUUGGCUGGUAUACAUUCUUUCUUCCAGUCCAACGACGUACCAGUUUGGAACUCCAGCGAGUCGCGUUUGAGGCGGGCAAGGCCAAGAAUAACUUCAGGGCGCUGUUCACGCGCUCUCCAGUUGAAGCGGUGAUGAUUUAUCAGGCAGAAAUGCUGAGUGGGAGAAGGGGUCACCAUCCAAAGCCUCCAUCAGGAUACGUCCGCCUUCACUUUUACACGAACUUCGAGAAAGGGGAAUCCCCGGAUAAGCUCAAUUUUCCGGACGCCACUCUCGAUUUGCCAGUUGAACACAAAGGGGUAGACCUUGCUUUGGCUCGGAAGGCCUGGGGGAUCGAGUCUAUUGCUGUUAUAACUAACGCCGAAUCGUUCAAGAAAGUCUUCUAUCCUGCAGACGACGAUUGGCUUUCUCCACUGGCUGUAUAUGAUCUUUCUCGGCAAUUCAAGCAACCCAUCAGGGUUUUCGAACCUCGUGUACACAAGUUUACCAAAACGGAACGUACGAUACGACGACCCAUCUACCACCUUACAUACUUCAUGUUCUCUCUCGUCAAGCUCCUGCUGGGUUUUCCGGAGAGAAAUAUUGCUUACCUUUCUGUCGCUUAUGGUCCCAAAUACGCCGCUUUCUACAAACGCAUCGGCGCAUUAACACCUCCCAUUAAAGACUGGUUUGCGACGGGCGGCUUUCUAGCCCUUCAACUUCUGAUCGUCCUCUGCGUCCUCCCUUUCGCCAUCGCUUACAGCAUAUGCCUCUCAGCCGGGAAAGCCGUUCAGUGGAUUUCGCUUCUCAUAUGGGGCACAUUUUUAGCAGCUGCCCAAUUCAUUCAUCGACAAUCUAUUGCGGCCGCUAAAUUCAUUAUCACAUCUUUACUCAAAACGCUGCAAUUCGCAUCGUCAACCGUAAUCGACUUUGCAACUUAUAUCACCACUCUCCGACGUCAGGACUGGAUCAUCACUAUUUCACUUACUUGGUUGGUCCUCGCAGAGUACUACCAUUCUCCUUCAUAA